AUGGCAACUACCUCAGAAAAUGUUACAGAUAAGGAUAUAUGUCAUGUUUACGGUGAUCCGCAUGUUAUUCGUUUCUCACAACAACCAAAAGUAUUACAAAACCAAUAUUGGUGUAAAAUAUCAGGUGUACAUCGUAUUCUUAAAAAUGAGUAUAUUGAAAUAAUAGUUUUAAUCCCUAGACGAACCUGGUUGAUAGAUGAAUUUAUUAUAAUGUUUUUCAAAGACAAUGAAACAUUAUGUACAAUUAAUAAUAAUGAACAGCGUUGUGACAGUCCAGAAUUCAAAGUAACUCGUCCAAGUCUAUCACAAGUUGAUAUUUUAUAUCUAACUCCUCGAAUACAUAUUUCGAUUGUUCCACAUCAAUAUGAAUUACAAUGGUAUGAUAUAAGCGUCCGUAUGACUUAUGAACUAAUACAAAGAUCAAGUGGUCUUUGUAUUAUACCAUCCAGUGAGAUUUGUGAAAUUGAAAAUAGUAUUGAACAAGAAAAAAAUAAUAUUAAUCCGUUGUCCAAAUCAAUAUGUAUGCAGUACUUAGCAGCAAGCAUUCAAGCAUCUAAUGAGUUAGGCCUUUUUAAUGAUCCAGAUAGAUAUAAUAAUGCUUUGAUCGCAUGUAUUCAUGAUUAUCAAACAACAGGAAAUAAAAAUUUUGGUGCAAGUAUAGUGCAUAUGAUUAUUAAAUAUGGAAUUCAUAGACAGCAGCUUGAAGAUUUAGAAUUUGAUUUACAAACAAAUAAAAGCAUGAGCAUAAUCAGUAACGCUGUGAUUAAUGCAAAUAUUCAAGCAGACAUUCUUCUUGCCAUGACGACACAAACAUCAGUAAAAGAUACAACAACUGACGGCAAAUUAUCAUCGACUAGUAAUGUAAUCACAUCUACAUCCACCAUUCGUACAACUACUGAAUCUACUGCCGAUCGAUGCUACUUUUGUUCGAUUUGUCCGCAACCCUUCCGACCAGACGGUGAUUACGUCAGCACUACUGCUUCAGCUACGGGUUGGUGUGUUACAAAGAGUACUACGAAUGAGAGUGAUAGUACCUAUGAACUAGGCGUUGCUUAUGAAGGUCUUUGCCACAAUGUAGGAUGCUUGUGGACUGAAGCCGAUGGAGUUCUCGAAUGGGCUCUCUGUUUAAUUGGUUUAAUUAAUUCAAUUUUCGGAUACAGUUCUCGAACUGGUACAAAUGAAACUAAUCUUGGUGUACAAUUGGGCCAAAGUAUUAUUUCAAUAGCUUUCUACAGCUUUGGUAUAAUUGUCGCUUAUCGAUAUUCUCAAAUAGGUUUACGAGUGUUUGCUUGGCUAGGCAUAGUUUCACUGAUCGGUCUUGGUAUUAUAGUUGUGGUUCUCUUGCUUUUUAGCAUUUUAGCUGUAACUGCCGGAAGCGUAGCUAAUGAUGGUGUAAAUACGGCUCUUAUGAUUGGUGCAUCAACUGCCGCUUUAAUCCUUGUUUUUGUUAUAAUUUUUGCCUUUAUUCUUACAGUAAGUAAUUUAUCUCCUUCAUUUCUACUGAUGCAAUACUUCUUUUACAUUACAGAUUAUCAUUGUAAAAUUUGCUUUCAAAUUGGCCAGACUUAUUGAUACCAAGCAAACUGUAGUCAUACAACAAAUCUAAUUUUUUGUUUAUUCAGUAGUUUAAUCAUAUUUUCUUGCAUUCAACUUUUUAUUGAUUUUGAUCUUAUUUAUUUCUUUAUUAUUUCUUCCUCGCCUAGAAAUCUAAAAAUAAAUUUUAAAAAUCUUUUCUUUGUUCAUAUUUUGCUGAAUACAACAAUUAUUUAUACUAUUAAAUGUUAGAUGACAAAUAUAUUUCACUUAAACUUACUAAUUAGAAGAAAUAUAACUUAAACUAUUAUCGUACUUUAUUGACAUAAUGUGUAUAACUCCUGCAAUGACAAUACUAAACGGAUCGAUUCAUUGUGAUAAUAAAAGCCUAUUAGAAUCAUGGUAUUACGAUACUUUCAUCUUUAUCUUCAGACUAUUUGUUUAUUACAUAAACAUAUAUAUGUAUACUGUUGUCAUGAAUACGAGUAGCAUUACUGUCUUCCUCGAUGACAAUAUUCAUUAGAAUAGAGUAGAUCUCGAUUGCAUUGCUAUUCUUUGUUUUUUUGUAGUUUUUAUUAUAAUAUAUUGUUUAUUUCUAAACAUAUUAUAUAUAACGAGAUUUGAUAAGACAAUAUUGUUAAUUUUAUUUUCUGUAUUAUACUUUUGUUUCUCGUUCUCUUUCUUGUUCAUUUAUCAAUAUCUAGAUACUUUUUGCAGUUCACAUAUGUGUAUUGCAUGUUGAUAUAAAAUCAAUUCAUAAGAUCCGUUGUUAACAUAGUCAGUCUGAAAUUACUGUGAAUGUCAACUAUCUAUAGAAUAGACCUCCAGUAAUUUUUGAUUACAACAUUGCAUUAAUUUUCAACAGAAGAAAUUAACAAUGCAUGUCGUCAAUAUAUUAUCAUAUUUUAAAUUUCAUGUGUAUUAUGACCGAUUAUAAUGAGAACUCUAGAAAUUUUCUUAAUUACGAUCCAGAUGUGAAUGUAUAUUGUAGUAGAAACAAACAUCUUGUUUUUUUUUCUAAAACAUAUUUUCUGCUUUAUACCUUAUAUGUGAUUCCCAAUAAAUGUAUUGGAAGAUGGAGCGCAUUUCAUACUUUCUCGCUUUCUAUGAUGUAAUUAAAUAUAAACGAUGUGUCAUCAUAAAAUCUACAAAAAAAAAACAAAGCGAAGAAACUCAAUUAAGGUCUACUGUAUAUCAUAUUUCCAAUUACAUCUAUCUCAAGCACAAUACACCCUUGUGUAGCAUAGAGAUAGGCACAAGAAUAUAUAGUAGAGGAAGAAAGAAGUGGCAACCAUGAAAUUUUUUGACAAAAAUUUUGAGUAAUUGAAUUCAACAUUUGGAAUCAACAUAUGAAAAAAAGACUUGGAGAAAAAAAUGCCAUGACUACAGUAUCAUUUUAUUUAACAUUUAGCCGUAGUCUAGAUUUCCUUCAGAAACAGGAUAGUGAGAUCUUCUGAAACAAAGUGAAAGUUUCUGAAUACUUUCUAAUGUUCUGAUUUUCGUAUUUUCUACUGGAUUUAUCUGGUUUUCCUCCGAAUUCUAACUGUUUUUGAUCGCAAUUUCCUUAGUGGGAAAAAAUAUACUUAUAACUUGUCACUACCAUGAUGUUCAAUUUAAAAUAAGAAUGAAUAGUAAUUAUUCUUGGGAACAAUUUUAUAUACAUAUGUGAAUUAAAACACGAUUGUUAAAGAUAAAUUGAAAAAUAGUAAAUAUGAACGAUGAUAUCGAAUCGAUAGUAUAUGAAUUAUUUUUUCUUUCGUAAAAUUUCUUACCUAUAUUAAUAUA